GUUUAGACCUUUAUUUUGACAGGCGGCGGUCUGCUCAGUGCGCAGCUGCGGAAAGCGGGGAGUAAACAAUGCAGAGUGCAGCAGUGAAUUAUGAUGCCCUCUCGGAGCAGCACGGCUGGUGGUGGAAUCCCAAACAACAAAGUGAAAUACUCCAGGCUAGCAGACAGUGAUGAAGGUUACAUCGACCUACAGUUCAAGAGGAGUCCACCUAAAGUCCCAUAUAAAGCCAUCGCUCUGGCCACGUUCCUGUUCCUCGUCGGGUCUUUAUUGAUUAUUAUCGGCUCUUUGCUUUUGACUGGCAACAUUUAUGUUUCGAAUCCAGAUCGCACCAUUCCGGUGCUCAUCAUCGGAAUCCUCAUAUUCCUGCCCGGCUUUUAUCACUUGAGAAUUGCCUACUACGCCUCUAAGGGAUACCGCGGCUACUCGUAUGAUGACAUUCCAGACUUUGAUGAUUGACCGCGGGCCGCGCUGCCGGCAUGCUGAUCUGGGGUCUGUGCUCUCCGGACACCCGCUGGUUGCUUUGCUUUCUGUCCUCACGGCUGAAGCUGCAUGACCUGCCUUUGUGUUUUCUCUCUGUGUGAAGCGUUCGUUUCCCUGCAGCGGGAAACCGGCGGCCAGCUGUGGGUUAUAUUUAAGGUGCAGCAUGAUCACAGCGGCACUGCAGAGUUUAUAACAAUGAUCGUCCAAAAAAUAGCUAUACCCAGCUGAAAGGAACGAACCUCGGUGGGUAAUCGUAACAGCCAGACUGUCACAGAGAAUCUUCAGCAAAGAAAUAAGCAAUAAUACUCUCAAGCUCCGUGCUACAAUGUGAAAUAUUUCACGUUAUAGCACGAACCUCGAGUGUAUUAUUGCGAUUAUACCACAGUUCCAUCAUCACUGUUUAUUAAAAGAUUUUGAGUUAAAGAGGAGGAGAUAAUAGGAUCUGUUUACGAGUUAAAAUAGUUCCAUUGCUGCUCUAUUUGUAGCUGUGCUGUUUGGUUUGUAAGCGCUGCAUCGUUGCUAUAGGUUACCUGCAUGUGGUGGAGUAAUACAUGAAGAGCUUCGGUUACAGUGCAUAACCAGCUGAAGGCACUCGUAGAACGCCGCUCAGCCAAUCACAUUGCAGGGUCGGAACUAACUGUGUCAUAAUUUCUGUUAACCUUUGUCCUUUAUCUUUCUUAGCAUAAUGCCACACUUCCUUUUGAGUGCAAAUCAAAAAAUGAGAAUAUCAUUGAAAAGUUACUUUAUUGCAGUAAUUCACUUCAAAAUGUGAAACUCAUAUUAUAUAGAUGUAUUACACACAGAAUGAUCUAUUUGAAUCGUUUAUUUCUUUUUAUGGUUGAUGAUUAUGGAUUACAGACAAUGAAAACCCAAAAAUCAGUGUCUCAGAAAAUGAGAAUGUUAUGUAAGACCAAUUGGUACUUUUAGCAGUGUGGGCAGUGUGCCAAGUCCUGCUGGAAAAUGAAAUUCACCUCUCUAUAAAAGUUGUCAACCAUCACUGAUUGGUGGAAACUUCACAGUUGACUUCGAGCAGUUUGGACUGUGUGUCUCUCCACUCUUCCUCCAGACUCUGCUCCCUUUAUUUCCUUUAAAUGAAAUUUAAAAUUUACUGAUGAUCUGUGAUUGUUUGGAGAAACAUGUCUGUCAUCUGCUGGUGUUGAUCCACUGUGUUUUAUUAUCAAGUCUAAAGUCAGUGCAGUUUUGUUUUCCCACAAAAUCUUACAGCACUUCAUAUCUUACAGCUUCCCUCUGCUGACUUUUAACUUUUAUGAAGAUGCAGAUUUCAUUUUCCAGCAGGACUUGACACACUGCCCACACUGUGAACCAAAAGAACCAAUUGGUCUUAUAUAUAUAAUAUUCUAAUUUUCUGAGAUACUGAUUUUUGGGUUUUCAUUGUCUUUAAAAGAAAUAAAGGCUUAAAAUAGAUCACUCUGUGUGUAAUACAUCUAUAUAAUAUGAGUUUCACAUUUUGAACUGAAUUACUGAAAUAAAGUCACUUUUUAAUGAUAUGUAUGUGUGAUACAUAGUUCCUGGUAAGUUUGAUCCUUUUUCCUUGUUAAUAGCAUUUUUGCAAUGCCACCAUUCCUUCUGGGUGCAACUAUUUUUGGAACUAUUUCUUUGACGAUGAGCGUACAUUCAGUACCAGUCAAAAGUUUGGACACACCUUAAAUUCAGUGUUUUUUUUUUAUUCUGGUAUUUUAAAAUGUUCUGCAUUGUAGAUCAAUACUAAAGUCAUCCGAACAAUGAAGAAAAAUAUAUAAUUUUUUUUAGUAAACCCCCCAAAAAAACAGAAUAUGUUUUAUAAUUUAGAUUCUUCAAAGUAGCACCUCUCGCUUAGAUUUUCUCAGUCAGCUUUAUGAGGUAGAGUCACCUGGAAUUCAGGCUUUGAGUUAACAGCUGUGCUGCUGAACUCAUCAAGAGUUAAUUACUUGAAUUUCUUGCCUCUUAAUAAUGUUGUGUUUGGGAGCAUCAGUUAAAGUAAAGUAGUGAAGAGGUAGAGUUACAGGUAUACAGUGAAUAGUGAAUAUUUGAGUAAUGUUCUAACCCAGAUUAUGAAUUAUUAUUAUCCCAACGACAAUCAAACAUGUUAUAGUGAUGAAACUGGCUCUCAUCAGGAUCGCCCCAGAAAAUGGGACAAUUACUUUUAAGUUACUACAUGAUUCCUUAUGUGUUCCUUCAUUGUCUGAUAGGUCACUUCACUAUUCAUUUAUUAAUGUAGGAAAAUAAUAAAAAACUUUGAAUAAAAAGGUGUGUCCAAGCUUUUGAACAAUACUGUAUAUCAUUUAUUUCUUGUACCAAAGUCUGAACAUACCUCUCUAUCAUGAUGUAGAAUGGAGUAUUUUUGAGUAUUUAUGUAGCACUAUAUACAAAAAAGCCAAAAAGAAAUGGUAGCUGUUGCUCCAGUGAGGUGUUUUAUUGUGCUGUUUAUGUGACAGUGUGUUUAUAUAGCUGUAUAUCUGCGAGCAGCUAAAUGGGUUUGCCAGAAUAAAUAGUUUUAUGAUAAAUAGGCUGGUUAUUACUCUGAAUCAGCGGGUUGGAAAAUGAUAAAGCUGCGUGUUGUGCCGGCGGUCGCUCGACUGUUGUGAGAAGUUAUUUAUUUAAAGCAUUUCUGAGCUCGGAGAGUCUCAGAGAGUCAGUGUUUAUACUGAAAGCUAUAAUGCAUGUAUGAUUAAGAGUAUAGAGCCGACAUGAUUAAUGGAUUUAAAUAAUAGAGGCGUUAGAUUUUGCCUUCUUUCAGAGCUGGCAGUGAAUAGGGGGAGGUUUUGCAUGAUAAUAGUGCAUUAUAUUCUAGUACUGCUCUCUUGUUCAGAGUCAGAAACGCAAUCAUAUAUAUAUAAAUAUAUAAAUAUAUAUGUUUAUGCCUUUAAAUGCAUUUUAUUCAUAUGGUGUACUUAUUAUAUUUUUAGUUUUUUAGAGGGUAUCAAGUGUAUUUUUUCCAAUAAAGUAUUUUGGAGUCGUA